UCGCCCCGCAGGGAGUUCUUCUACAUCCAGAUGGAGAAAUACGCGAGGCAGGCCAUCUCGGAGGGAGUCAAGUCCGUGGAUGACCUCCGGGUCACUGCCGACUCGGAGCUCUUCCGCGUUCUCAAUCUGCACUAUAAUCGCAACAAUCACCUCGAGGUGCCGUCCAACUUCUGCUACGUGGUGGAGCAGACGCUGAAGGAGUUCUACCGCGCUCUCAUGGGCGGGAAGGACGCGGAGCCGUCGUGGAAGAAAGCCAUCUACAAGGUCAUCGCUCGCCUCGACGACUCCGUCCCCGAGUACUUCAAGCUCCCGUCGUUCCUCGAGCAACUCGAGUGACCUCCCUCCUCGAGUGACCUCCCUCGAGAGACCUCCUUCCUCGAG